GGUGCCCCGGUGAGCGGGCCCGGGGCGGGGAGCGAAGUGUUGCUGGGGCCCGGGGCCGCUAGGCUGGAGCUGCGGCCGCCCACAGCCCAGGUCGGCUACGCCGGCCCGACCCACUCUUCGCCCCCGCGGCUGGCGGCGCGGUCCCUGUGACGCUCAGAAGCCGCCAGAUGUAGAGCCGCCUCUUUGUCCCAGUGCCCUGACCAGCCGUGCCUGGCACAGAGCCCAGCACCUGCGAGUACAGCGAUGAGCAGGGCAGACGUGGCCAGGUGAUGUUCCCAUCACCCCACAUCCUCACCUCUGACAACAGCUUCUGAGACCUGAAUUACAGACCAUUUUAAUCGGACAAACCACAACUGAAACAAGCUUCUCUUUGGUGUCACGAUGGCCGCCCAAGGCAGGGGAACUUCAGGCCUCAUCCCCAGGGGUGCUGUUCUGCAGAGGCAGGAGGGGCGCUUGACUGUGAAACAGGAACCAGAGAGCCAGAGCUGGGGGCAGGGCUGCAGUCUCCAAAAGAAUCACCCUCCUGUCUGUGAAAUUUUCCGGCUGCACUUCAGGCAGUUAUGUUAUCACGAGAUGUCUGGGCCGCAGGAGGCACUGAGCCGGCUCCGGGAGCUCUGCCGCUGGUGGCUGAUGCCGGAGGUGCACACCAAGGAGCAGAUCCUGGAGCUGCUGGUCCUGGAGCAGUUCCUGAGCAUCCUGCCAGGGGAACUGCGGACCUGGGUGCAGCUGCAUCACCCUGAGAGUGGUGAGGAGGCUGUGGCUGUGGUGGAGGAUUUCCAGAGACACGUUAGUGGACCAGGAGAGGUUUCAGCUCCGGCACAGGAACAGGAAAUGCAUUCAGAGGAGAUGACAGCCUUGGGUGCAACAGAGGAAUCUCCUACCUCACUCCUCAGUGAGGGUUCGGCACCCGGAGCCCACCUGGAGCCUCCUGGUGACCCUGGGGCACACCACCACCUCCCCAGUGGGCACUCUGCUCAGCAUGCUUCCCCAGUGCCUGCCCUUCCCCAAGCGGGGAACGUAGGAGACCAAGCAGCGGCAACGGUGCUCCGGAUGGUCAGGCCCCAGGAGGCUGCAGAGUUCGAGUUCCUGUCUGUGGACUAUACUCAGAAGAAGUGGAAAGGUCCAGCACUCAGCCAGAAAGCAGCCCUGUACCGGAACAUCAUGCCAGAAAAUUGCUGCAGCCUGGCUUCAUUGGCAGGUGAGAACAGGAUGGAGAGUUCAGAGUUGCCUCUAAAGCAGGAAAUUUCUGAAGAAUCAGAGUCAUCUGAUAGGACCUCAGGAAUACUCUAUGGAGUGAUUCCUGGAGGACCAGAAGCUGGAGAUGCCUGUGAAGAGGCUUUAGAGAAGCUAGAAGUUCAACCCUCAGGUGAACAAGGGAGCAGACUGAAGAGUGAUUUCUUGGAAAUAACACAGGAGGAUAAAAAUAAAUGCACAAAAGAUGAAUGUGAUGAAUAUAAGGAACUUGAGGAACAUCCAGAUCUGUCCUCAAGUCCUGCAGAACAUCAGGAAAUUCUGAAGGGACAGAAGUUCUAUCACUGUGAUGAAUGUGGCAAAGCUUUUAAUCGGAGUUCUCACCUCAUUGGGCAUCAGAGAAUCCACACUGGAGAGAAACCCUAUGAGUGCAAUGAGUGUGGCAAGACCUUCAGGCAGACCUCUCAGCUCAUAGUCCAUCUCAGAAUCCACACAGGGGAAAAGCCCUAUGAAUGCAGUGAUUGUGGAAAGACCUAUCGCCACAGCUCCCAUCUCAUUCAACACCAGAGACUCCAUAAUGGGGAGAAAUCAUAUAAAUGUAACGAAUGUGCAAAAGCUUUCACUCAGAGUUCCCAACUCAUUGACCACCAGAGAACCCAUACUGGGGAGAAACCCUAUGAAUGCAAUGAGUGUGGGGAGGCCUUCAUUCGGAGUAAAAGCCUUGUCCAUCAUCAGGUACUUCACAGUGGUGAGAAACCUUACAAGUGUAAUGAGUGUGGGAAAGCUUUCUGUUCCAACAGAAAUCUUAUUGACCAUCAGAGAAUCCACACUGGGGAGAAGCCUUAUGAGUGUAAUGAAUGUGGCAAGGCCUUCAGUCGAAGUAAAUGUCUUAUUCGACAUCAGAGCCUCCACACUGGGGAAAAACCAUUCAAAUGCAGUGAGUGUGGGAAAGGCUUCAAUCAGAACUCUCAACUUGUUGACCAUGAGCGAAUUCAUACUGGAGAAAAACCUUUUGAAUGUAAUGAGUGUGGUAAGGCAUUCAGUCUGAGUAAAUGUCUCAUUCGACAUCAGAGACUUCACACGGGUGAAAAGCCCUAUAAAUGCAAAGAGUGUGGAAAAUCCUUCAAUCAAAACUCACAUCUUAUUAUACACCAGAGAAUUCACACUGGUGAGAAACCUUAUGAAUGUAAUGAAUGUGGGAAGGUCUUCAGUUACAGCUCCAGUCUUAUGGUACAUCAGAGAACUCAUACUGGGGAGAAACCCUAUAAGUGCAAAGAUUGUGAGAAGGCUUUUAGUGACAGCUCACAGCUCAUUGUGCAUCAGAGAGUUCACACUGGAGAGAAACCCUAUGAAUGUAUUGAGUGUGGGAAAGCCUUCAGUCAGCGUUCUACUUUCAAUCACCACCAGCGAACUCACACUGGAGAAAAACAGUAUGUGUGUACUGAGUGUGGGAAAGCCUUUAGUCAGAGUGCAAACCUCACAGUACAUGAACGAAUCCACACAGGAGAGAAACCCUAUAAGUGUAAGGAGUGUGGAAAAGCCUUCAGUCAUAGCUCCAACCUGGUUGUUCAUCGGAGAAUCCACACUGGACUGAAGCCUUACACGUGCAGUGAAUGUGGGAAAUCUUUCAGCGGUAAGUCACACCUCAUUCGGCACCAGGGAAUCCACGGUGGGGAGAAAACUUAUGAAUGUAAGGAGUGUGGGAAAGCCUUUAGUCGGAGUUCUGGUCUGAUUUCACAUCACAGAGUUCACACUGGCGAGAAGCCCUACACUUGUAUCGAGUGCGGGAAAGCCUUUAGCCGUAGUUCAAACCUUACUCAACAUCAGAGAAUGCACAAAGGAAAAAAAGUUUACAAAUGUAAGGAGUGUGGGAAAACAUGUGUUUCUAAUACAAAGAUUAUGGACCAUCAGAGAAUUCACACUGGGGAGAAGCCUUAUGAAUGUGAUGAGUGUGGGAAAGCUUUCAUCUUAAAGAAGACCCUUAAUGAACAUCAGCGACUUCAUCGUAGAGAGAAACCUUACAAAUGUAAUGAGUGUGGGAAAGCUUUUACUUCUAAUCGAAAUCUUAUUGAUCAUCAGAGAGUGCACACUGGAGAGAAACCCUAUAAAUGCAACGAGUGUGGAAAAACCUUCAGGCAGACUUCUCAAGUUAUUCUACAUUUAAGAACCCACACAAAGGAGAAACCCUAUAAAUGUAGUGAGUGUGGGAAAGCCUAUCGUUAUAGCUCACAGCUUAUUCAACACCAGAGAAAACAUAAUGAGGAGAAAGAAACGUCAUAAAUGACAUAUAUUGUUGGAAGUGGGGCUAAUCGCUACUUUCUGGCAAAGCAAUUUUUCAGUAUCAUCAACCUUAAUUCUCUAAGAAUUCAUACAGGGAAAGUAAUCAGAAGUAGACAAAGAUUAACAGAAGGGCUAUUCAUGCCAGCAUCAUAUAUAACCGGAGGAAGAAAACUAGAUUUUCAACCGUACAGUGUUUAAGUGAAUUAUGGUCUAGCCAUAUGAUGGUUUGGCACCCAUUGUAAACAUUUUUAAAGAAUAUUUAAUGC